AGAUAAGUGCUGAGCUCUUCCCAGCCCCAUCCCCAUCCCGCCCCAUCCCCGGUACCGCGGGGGGGUCAGCACCUUCCCCGCCGGAAUCCUCAGCCCUCAGCCCAAUCCCACCCAGAUUUUAAACCUCUUCCUUGGCUCCAGGGGGGUUUGUGUGGGUACCUUCCCCAGCUACCAGGACAAAACCCUGACACAGACACCAUGGUGUGGGCAGCCCUGAGCAUCCCCUCCUGCUUCUGUGUCACCAGAGCCCUGGUGAAAGCCACACUGGCCACCCUGCUUGUCACCUGCAUCCUGCCUGCCACCGAGCAAGAUGCUGGCAUCCCAGCCCUGGUCCCUCCAGCAUCCCCCGAGCAUCUCCCUGCUGCCUGCAUCCUCACCUCUGCCAAGGGACUGCAACCCCGACCCCAGGAGCUGAGCAGGGCCCAGCUCUCCUGCCUGGCCCAGCUGCUGGCUGCCAGGGACCUGCCAGAUGAUUUCAGCAGGUACCCCCCAGACCUCCUGCUCUUCUUUGACUUGGCCAAGGUGGACUCUGGGACCUGUGGAGAUUUUUAUGCCCGGGUUUCCCAUGGGAACCUGGAGCUGCUUCCCAAGGGCUCAUCCCAGAGGAAGGAGCUGCUCCGAGGGGCUCUGAGCUGCCUGGGGGUGAGGAGCAGGCAGCUGAGCCCCGAGCAGCUGAGGAGCCUGGGGGCACUGGUGUGUGACAUGGAGCCUGAGACCAUCCCAGCCUCAGCCCCCGCUGUCCUGGAGAACCUGAAGCUCUGCCCGGUGCUGACAGGAGCCCAGAAGGAUGCCCUCAAUGCUGUCCUCCUGGGGGGUGACACAGCCUAUGGGGAUCCUUCCAGCUGGGAUCUGUGGACUCUGCAAAGCUUGGGACCACUGGUGCUGGCUCUGAACCAGACCACGCUGAGCUUGGUGGCCCAGGAAGCACGGGAGGCUUUGGGCAGGAGCAUCACAGCCACCCCCAGCCCCCAGGGACCUGCCAAGCCCUUGAGGCUCCUCGGGGACUUUGCAGCAGCCUUGGCUCCAUCCCAUCCCAGGCUGAAACGUGGCACAGAACGCUGCCCAUCCACCCCCAUCACAGCCAGCACCAUCUCCAACACCUUCAUAAUCAUCGACUACACCAGUGAGGAGUUCAACCUCUGCCUGAGCAACGAGGUUUUAAAAGCCAACCUGAGGGCCCUGCUGGAGCAGCCCUUCAGCUCAGACUACAUCGGGGUGAUAAAAAGCAGGAUGGCCCAGAUGUACCCCUCAGGGAUGCCCGAGGAGCAGCUGCAGCACCUGGGGCCCCUGUCCCGUCUCUACUCAGUGGAGGAGAUCAGCAAGUGGCAGGUGACAUCCAAUGACACCCUCCAGAUCCUGCUCAACCCCUCCGAUGGACGAUGGAGUUUUGCCCAGGUCCAGCAGCUGAUCAGAAGGUACCUGGAGCUGGGGGGCAUCCCGACAGCACCCUUGAUUCAGAAGAUGGGUGGGGGGAUCCAGCUCUGUCGUCUGAAGGAGAAGCAGAUCCAGCAAAUAUCUCCAGAAGCAAUCAGGACUCUUGGAAAGGUGGACAUCUCUUCCUGCUCUCAAGCCCAGAAGGAUCAGCUCUACAGAGCAGCCCGGGAGGCCUUUGCUGGCCAGACUGGCUCCCCCAGGGCUUAUUAUUGCCACAUUCAGCCCUUCCUGGGUGGAGCUCCAGUGCAGGACCUGAAGGAGUUGGCUGAAGCUGAGGAUGCCAUAGACAUGGACAUGGCCACGUUCCUUGCCCUGAACCCCAAGGAGCUGCAGAAACUCAGCAUCAGGGAUGUCAAAAAGCUGCUUGGGGUAAACCUGCCCCAGCUGAAGGAAGCUGAGAAGAAUCCUGUGGUGAUGGGCUGGGUGAAGAGACAGUCCCAGAGGGAGCUGGAUUGUAUCCUGGGAAUUGGCCUGCAAGGGGGGAUGGCAGAGCCCAGCCCCCCAGGGACAUCUCCCCCUCCUGAGCCCUCCACCUUGGCUGGAAUCACCCCCUCUGCCUCCAGUGCUCUUGGGCUCCCUGAUGCCACCCCCACCAAACCCAGUGUCCCCUCUUUGAGCUCUGUCCCAUCCCCUGCUCUCACACAUGGAGCCCCCACCACCACCACCAGUACUACCCCAGUUGGUACCACCCCCACCACCAGCACCCCCCUGCUCUCCACAACCACCCCAGCACCUGGGGGCAGCACCCACCCUGCUCCCACCCUGAGCACCCACAACCCUCCCAGCACCCUUGUCCCUGAGUCCCCUUCCACACCGGCAGCACCCACAGACAGGAACCUCCCUUCCCAGAAACCCACCCUGAUUCCCAGCUCCAGCCACCAGAGCAUCAUCCCAGCCACCAGGACCACACCAUUCCCAUGCAAGACCAGUGCUCCUCCAGCUUUUCCAGGCCCUUCUCCCAGCGAGGCCACCAAGCAGCCACCCAGGGGCAUGACAAAGCCCCCAACACCGACCCCCAAGGGACACCCCAACCUGCAGCCUCCAGCUGGUGCAGGAUCCAGGUUCUCCUCCUGCCUCCUGCAGGUCCUGCUGGCAGCCCUGGGCAGCUCACUGCUGAGAGGGAUGCUGUGAUCCCUGGACCUCCAGCACCCUGCUCCUGGGAUCCCACCUCUCAUCCAUACCAUCCAAAAAACCCACCACAUUCCCUGCUGGAAAGCAUCAGCCCAGGAAAGGAACAGAUUUCUGUCCCUUUGAUUCCAGCACAGAAUUUCCUUAUUAUUGUGGGGACAGGUACUCUUCCAGCCCCAUGAGUACUUACUAACAAGUUACUCCAUGCCCUCCAGUUUCCAGGAACACUGCUCUGCCUGGAUGCACUCACACUGACAGCUUCAGCUUUACUCACACAGGGAAGUGUUUGAUUUCCAAGCUGAUCCCACUGGGAUCACCCAGGGGCCUGAGUUCCUGGCAGCUGCAAACCCAGCAGAACAUAUGGCCCAGCAACCCAGGCUGAGAGCUCAGAGACCCAACACAUCCCCUUUAACCUGUUCCAUGAGCUCAGGAGAUUGAUCAAGAUGUGCUGAGACUCCACAAAGCCUCGUUAGAGGGAUGGUUAAUUGAAGAUGGUUUCUCUUGCUUACUGUGCAAUACCACACAAUAAAACAGAAAUCAAUUUUUUUUUCCUAACCAAAUGUGCUCUUUGAGGUGUUCCAUGUGUGUUUUGCAGUUUCCUAGCUAGGUUAACUCUAGUUUCUACUCCUUUUUGCUUUUUCUUCAUUCCCUACUGCCUCCUCCUCCAACACCUUGACUACACAAAUGUUUCUCCCUCCCC